GUGAGCCGUAUCUAUAAAGGCCUACUGGACGCAGGCACACAGAACGCUCAGUGUUUUCUCAUCCAUUCUCUGCUGGGAUCCGCUGGAGGCAAACUUUUUUCUCCAAGAAACUCAGGAAAGCCGAAAAUCAAAGAGUGUCCUCGAAGCCGUUACUACCGAUAAUAAUUCUACAGGCGGACUAAUUUACAGAAGAUUAUUAGGUUGGUGAAAAGGGGAUUGAUAAAAUUGAACAAUGCUAAUUCGGCUCAGCAAACAAUCUUCAGAAAGUGGUGGAGGUGUGGUGAAGCCCUUGCCCGUAGAUUCUGUGACGGUUGCAUGCCCUGAACACCUAGUACUUGCUGAUCUCCCUGUUGCAAAGGGCAUUGGAGCAGCGACUGCAGCUACUGUUGUCAAGACUGUGGGUCGUAGGUCCAGACGCCAGCUUGGUGAACGGGUCCACUUCUGUGUCCGCUGUGAUUUCCCGAUUGCCAUCUAUGGACGCCUGAGCCCCUGCGAGCAUGCCUUCUGCCUUGAUUGUGCCAGGAGUGAUUCAAUCUGCUAUCUUUGUGAUGAACGCAUCCAGAAGAUUCAGACAAUUAAAAUGAUGGAAGGAAUCUUCAUCUGCGCUGCACCUCACUGCCUCAAAUCUUUCCUGAAGAGGUCCGAGUUUGAAUGUCACAUUCAUGAGAACCAUACAGAUCUUCUACAGCCAAAUUCAGAGAAGGAGAAUGGUAAUGAAUCAGAGGUCCAAAGUGCCAAACAACAUUCAACUUCAGAUUCCACAGUUCAAGCUUCCUCAAGAUCAGUCAUGCCUGGUUCAAAUUCUCAGUUUCUUGAUUCUGAAGAUAAAGCUCGUAGGCAGCAGCCUAGAGAACAACUAUCUAGGGCAAUGGUGCAACCAAGACCCCCCUUUUUUGGUCAAGCUCAAAAUUAUCCUCCAGACCUCCAGCCAGACAACAAUCGCCCUCCUGGAUUUGACCGGUCAGGCAUCCCGUUCCAGCAAAGCAUGCAGGGUGGCCCACAGCAAGAGUCAAACCAGUUUUCAGACAAGCAGCAAGGAAUUUUAUCUGAGACCCCACUGCCUGAAUACCCGCCUAUGCAUCCCAUUCAACCAUCAAAUUUUGGUGUACCAAUGAGUUCUAAUCCGAUGAUGACUCCUCAAUAUGGUCUACCUCCUUUUCAACCUGAGGGUGCUCAGCCAUUUUAUGGGGCACCGUAUGAGAUGGGACAGAUGGCUAGGCCAGAUUCAACCCCGGAAGUUGGAGCUGAACAAGGAUCUUUGUUGGGUUUCCCCCCAGGUCCAGCAGGAGCUAAUUUCAUGGCAAACUAUCCACAGCCGUGGAACUCUGGAGCAACACCAGGGGGUCAGGCAAUUCCAGAUGGUUUUCCAAACCUGUCAGAUUCUCGUGGAAACAUUGCAUAUUAUCAAGGUGAUUACGGACGGAAUCCAGGAGUCAUGCCGAUGAUUCCUCCAACCCCACCCUCAGGCAACAAGGGGAUGGAAGCUGUGCAGGGUGGUGCUAUGGAUUCCAGGGAUGGCAAAGGCAUACUGGCCCCACAACCAUUUCAAUACCCACCACCACCUCCCCCUCCACCUCCCAUGCUUCACUCAUCUCAGCCUAAACGAUCCAAGUACUAUUCUAGUGAUAUUGGUCAUGAAGGACAAGGUUUUGGGUGGCAGCAUGAGAACCGAGAUGGCUUUGGAAGCGGCCAGGAGUAGAGAAUCUCUGUUAACUUUUGCUCUAGUACAAUAUAUAUUUUUUGUAGUGGACUUAUUUUAUCGACCUGUCUUUCUUGUUCUUCUCGUUUUUGGCAGUUAGACUACUUAUUGGCUUUA